GUAACGCCUCACCUAACUCGCGCUAGCUGUGCGAACAGAUGAUACAGCAUUGCGCGGUAUGAGCUCAGAAAUGGAACAAAAGAAAUCAUCCUAAAACAGGGAAUGGUGGGAGCACGGAUGUGGAAAGUAUAGAAGUUAUUUUGAACCCAUUAGCAAAGGCAAAUCAUUAUUUGGGCCCUGAUUUAAAGGGUAGUAUUUUGGCAAAUGUGCUGUAAGCGCGUUGCUCCCCACCAAAGCCAGCUACAGGGGAGGGACUGCCGAUUUCUCGACUUUGCAGCUCUGAAUGAAGGGGAGGGGGUCCGUAGACCGAAAUUGAUGGUAGUGGGCUACUGAGGAAGACUACUCCUCUUGAUAUUAAAGGCAAAAUACACAUUUCAGUCGAACACAGCAGAGUUGGUGAAACGGGACGGUGGUGAAACAUGGAGAUGUCUGAGGGGCUGUCACAGCAGGAGAGACUCCAGGCUAUAGCGGAGAAGAGGAAGAGGCAGACAGAGAUUGAGAAUAAGAAGAGGCAGCUGGAAGAUGACAGGAGACAGCUCUCUCACCUCAAGCAAAAAUCCCUGAGGGAAAGAUGGCUGCUGGAUGGAGCUGCUGGCUCGGAGCAGGACGAGGCCAAGAAACAGCUUGCGGAGGACGAGGCCAAGCUCAAGGGCAUGGAGGAGAACAUCAUUAGAAUGGAGCAGGAACUGGAGGUGCUGGAGACGGGUGUGUCGGCGACCUCUACCAAAGAGAGCCUGACAGACGCAGCAACGAAGGAGGAAGCCAAGACAGCAGACAACAAAGCUCCGGCAGGCACUGUGCACGAGGUCAAGGGAGUUACAGAGGUCAAGGAAGUAGUCAAAGUGCACACCAGCCCUCAUCUGGAAAUGUCUGGAGGUGCCUCAGAUAGGAUGAGAGCAGAGGUCAAGGAAGUGCUCAAAGUGCCCAACAGCCCUCGUCUGCACAUGUCCGGAGGUGCCUCAGAUAUGACGAGAGCAGCAAUGUACUCAGUAGAGAUCACCGUUGAGAGGGACAAUGUCACGGGCGAGACUAAGGUGUUGUCCACCAACACCCUACUGCCCAUUAACCUCUCUGGGCAAGGGGUCAAGGUGUAUGAGGAUUACCAGAAAGUGGUACACGAGGUGAACGGGGAGAACGGGGUCCACCAGCUCAGCGCCAAUGAGGUGGACGAGCUCAUCCACAAAGCCGACGAGUCCAUGAUGAGCGACGCCACCACCGCUGGCACCACCUCCACUGCCCCCGUCGUCCCCACCGAUGCCGAGUUAGCCGCGGAGCAGCAGACGACACCACAGAAGGAGAUCACUGGCAUGGAGGCCAAGGCGGGCGGCGCCAGUCCCCAGCCAGGUGGAGGCGAGGUGGAGGCCAGUGCUGAGAACCCCGUCACCAUGGUGUUCAUGGGCUACCAAAGCGUGGAGGAUGAGGCGGAAACCAACAAGGUGCUGGGCCUGGAGGGCACCGUCAAGGCCCAGCUGGUGGUCAUCGAGGACGGCGAGGGCAAGAAUGUGACGGUGGGGCCCAACCCCGCCACUGUGACCGUCACCGAGGGAGGCACCAAGGAAGAGCAGUCGCCCCCGCCCAACGGCAGUGCCGCCGACCCCGUUAAGACCCCCCAGGAGAAGGCCCCCGUGGGGGAGAAGGGGGGCGAGCCAGAGGGGGGCGCCACUGAGCUCAACAAUAAGGAAAAGCAGCCCUGCAAGUGCUGCACCAUCAUGUGAGCCACCGUUGUGUCGCCGCAUUCCCCCCGGGACUUGACUUUUCAAGGAGAAAUGACAAACCAACAACAACCAUAGCGUGAAAAAAAAACAACAAAAACUCACCCCUUUCCCGUUAGCCCCCCUCCCGACAAAAAAAGGCAUAAAUGUUCUGUAUCUUUUGAUAGCCGGCUGUUGUUUCCCAACUUCAUUUUCAUCUCUUGUUUUAUAUAUUUCAUUUCAUUUUUCUCCUUUCAUUCUUUUAACUUUUGUAUGAUUUUGGGUUGUGAUUAAAACGGAUGGCGCCAAAGGCGAGCCAUCCCUGCGUUUUCACACUUUGAGGUUUCUGAGGGAGAGAGGAGAUAUAAAAGGAAAGAUAGAGGGAGAGAAAGACAGAGGAACUGGUUCGUUCACACACCCAGCAUUGUCCAACAAGCUUUUUUUUUAAUGACAUCUCUAAUACACCCGUCAUGAGUUUUGUAAUCUUAACUUUCUGUAUGAAGGACAGAUAUAUGUCUCUAUAUAUCUAAAUAUAUAAAUUCUUUAUUUUAAAGAUAUAUUUAUUUGACUUUUUUGAUUUUUUGAAAAAGCCCUGACAGAAGCAUGUUAUACAUUGUGCUUUCUGUCCUCUGCUAGUGCAUUUUAGAUAAAAACAUGGGGAAAUAUGUAUGACUGAUGAAGCUGUUAGAGAAUUCUCUUGGAUUUUGUUUUCCAGAAAGAAAAAAAAAAGAAAAGGGACUUUGGAAUUUCUGAGACUGACUCCAACCACACUGCUAUUUGAAAGUGACAUGCAAUGAGACGUGAUAUUGAUGACAUCAUUGUACUGUGUGCGUGUGUGUGUAUGGAUAUCCGUGCGUGGGUGUAUGAGCAUGCAUGGAUGUGUGUUUGAAUGUGUGUGUGUUGGAUUACAAUGGCCUCAUUGGUCCUUAUAUCAUCCUACACUACACUACCCACAAUCCCCAUCACCUUUUUUCUUUCUGGAAGAAAAAACAAUACUCGCUUAUUUUUUUUGUCAUUUUCCUGCGCCCAAAUCAACUACACUAGUUCGACAACACUAGUAAUGAAUUGAAUAACAUGCGUGAAGGUCUUUCAUACCGAAGCUUGAGACUGAUGAAAUGAAUGCCCCUGUGUAAGCCUUGACGUUUGUGUGGUUCACCCCCACUUAACUACAUUACCAAGAAUACAACUACCCCUUUAAAAUAAAUAAUGCCUUUGUGAUAACAGUAUUAACUAUUUUUCCUUUAACUCAAUGACAUAAUCCAAGCUCUGGCUCCUGAUGUGAUGACCUACCAACAACUGUGUUUUGAUAUGAUGGUCGGCCUGGACAGGCCCUUCCAACGUCCCAAAGAUUUUCAGUUGGAUAUCAACUACUGUGGAAUUGGUGCAUAGAGCAUAGUCUGUUGUUUUCAACCUUGGCACAGCAGCGCAUAUACUAAACUGUGUUGCAAAUACUGUAAGAAGUUGCUCCAUUCAGACUUUUAGGAGGAGUGCCAUUUGGAGGGGGUUGGGGGUCAUAUUGUAUGUCGACCUCAGAGUUGGUGUGGAGGAGCUUCACUUUAAGAGUAUUUGGUUUCCUGUUUUCCUGUUUGAACUCUACUGUUAGGCCCUAGUUUUGUCAUUUAAGGGAAACAAAACCAAACAAAAGUUGAAGUAGGCCUACUUUUCAUUUUUCAUUCAGUGUAUCUAUCUGUCAACAUGCUAGACUUGAGGCAAAAAGCAUGGAAUUUCAACAUUUUUACAGUCCUAGAAGUUGACAGAAUCCUUUUCCACAGGGAGUGGCAAAUUUAGCUCCAAAUUCAAUGUUGCAAUAAUAUUUUUAUUUUCCUCACAGAUAAUUUGUUUUGCGGUGUAGCUCAAAUUGAACAGCUGUAUUUUACUUUUGUGUGCGUUUUUGCUGCAUUAUGGGUGCCUGUAGCUAUAGAAUAUCUUGCUUCUUACUUAUUUUUGCCAUCUUGGAGCCAAAUUUCCAGCUGAGCUGAGGGUCAUGUUAUUAUUGUCCAGUGUAUUUUUCCAGUGGUGAGUUGAGUCAGUUGAGUUGAAUUGGUCAAGCUAGGAGCCAGAUCUUUUCAACCGACGCACUGACACGUGGACCAAGUAAACGUGGUCCAUGUAAACGUGGUCCAUGUACUAUUCGCAUGCGGAAUAAAACAAACAUUUUGUUUUCAAAGAUGGCUAAAUAGUGGAUGGUCUGCGUUAUCUUGAAGUGAGUCAAAGGUGUGAGUUCUCUCCAGCAAGAGGUUGACUGACCUUGGGUAAUGUUUGCCUAAUCCUCGUUUAAUAUUGUUCCAUGUGCAUUUGUACCUAUCCAUUGAUAUUUAUAGAGCUCUAUAGGUUAUUUUAACAGUGUAUGUCAUUGGGCUCCCGAGUGGGGCAGCGGUCCAAGGCACUGCAUCUCUGUGCAAGAGGGCAUCACUACAGUCCCUGGUUCGAAUCUGGGCUGUAUCACAUCCGGCUGUGAUUGGGAGUCCAAUAGGACGGCGCACAAUUGGCCCAGCGUCCCCGGGGUAGGCCGUCAUUGUAAAUGAGAAUUUGUUCUUAACUGACUUGCCUAGUUAAAAGAAAGGUUAAAUAAACGUCUUUGUGAGGGUUCAAAUCAAGAACAGGAUGGACAUAGAAAAAUAAAAUAAAAAUCUGAUAACAAGGUCUGAUAAGCCUUGUCAGAAUAAUGCUGGUAAAUCCAGUACAUUGUAGAAAAAAACCAAAUGGAACAUCUAUUCAUUUCAUCGUGUAAAAUAUAUCACGAAACAAAUGUAUUUUGCCAAUCCCCUUCAAUCCCACCUCCUCCUGUGCAUUCAAAUGGGCAGGGCAAUCAUUGAUAUGCCGACACCUUCUCCAAUAUGCUGCAUCCAGCAUGGAGGAAGGAGCAGAAAAAGCUGAGUCAGUGUACAGUCAAUGUACGGUCAGUGUACGGUCAGUGUACACAUGACAUGGCCUGACUCUCUAGACUGCUCUUUGUCUCUGUGAGUGGGCGCUGGUCACGACGAGGGCACAGACAUGUGCGUUACUCUAUAGGACUGUCAGCAUGGGGUGUUGGUCUAGAAGCUGUCCCGACAAAAACACUGCCUUCGAUCCGUUCAGGCAUCACUGAAGACCAGUCCUCGUCAAGUCAUAUUCCCACACUGCUGGAUCCAAACCUAUGCAAGAACUCCCAUGCUAACGAAUCACCAUAGGUAUAGCAUAUAGGACUGGAUAAGAGGCUUUAAGGUCAUCAGUAUAUUACACAAAAUAAUUAUCUAAAGGGCCAAGCAUUGAACCAUGGCCCAUCCCUUCCUUUGUAUGUGUUUAUAUGAUUAUGCCUUUUUAUUUCUGAAAUACUUUCUAGCUAACAGCUCACUACAUAUACAGUACAUGUGGCUCAGUGGCUGUUGGUUGGCAUAGGUUCGGUUGGUCCAUUUCAAUAUUAAAGGUGGGGAAAAGGAUUUCAUAUGUUGGCACUGCCAACUUGGUUGCACAUGACAUGCUGGGAUGGCUAAAUGUGGGUGGUGUGUUUCUGUGGUGCUAAAUCAUUGAUACUGUCAUAUCUGACUGCCGAAGAUGAGAUAUUAUGUUAGAUAUUAUUUUCUGCGACUUGUGUUUUAAGAAAAUCACAGAUAUUUCUAUUUGCAGUGAAAUAUGGUGACACUUAAGUUGAAGAAGACAUGCAUGAUACCUUCCUAAUAUGACGAUAGAGGAAAGAAUUACUUGCCACUUUCGGAAACAAGAUGACACUGUUAAUCGUAUUUGCUCCAUUGGUGCAGCACAUUUUGCUCCAUCAACUUUGAGCUUAAAGGUAAACAAAUGUCAAUGUCGUUCUUAUGAAGGGUAAUGAAUGCCAAAGCCAUUCUUAUCAGGGGUAACGCAUGGACACCUCCACUCGAAGUGCCCUCACUGAGCAGAAGCGGGAGUCAAAUGCAGGGUCAAAUAUUUUUCUAUGCCUAAUGUCUUAGGUUAGGAUAGGGGUAUAGGGUAAUCCGAUCCUAGAUCUAUGGUGAAGGGUAACUUUUACCUCGAGCUCCUGUUGAAUACCCAAUACCCUUCCUUCUUUGGCUCCUCCCUCUUGGUGAGCUUGGUGCAGCGGCAGUGAGGCUUGUCGCCCCUGGCAACCCCAGCUCCUCCCACUCUGCACUGCCUGCACCGUGGUGCAUUGCUUGCUGUUUGGGGUUUCAGGCUGGGUUUCUGUAUAGCACUUUGUGACAUCGGCUGAUGUAAAAAAGGGCUUUAUAAAUACAUUUGAUUGAUUGAUGACUCUGCAGCAGCACCCCCUGUUGGUUCUUAUCAAUAUUUACAUUCCAGUUCUGGCUUUCUCUCUCUCUACACACCCCCAAUGCCUUGUAGUCUGGCCCCCGGCCAGGCAUAUUUUUUGUAAAUGCAUAUAUAAAUAUCUACAUAUAAAUGUCUUUGUGCAAAACAAAAUGUCUGUCGCUCUCUCAUCCUCUAGUGUAGACUCAUAGAUCCCUGUCCCUUCCCCAGUGACUCUGCGCUCAUGGCAGUCAGUCAGUGGAGGGCCCAGGUAAUAGAGUGAGUGCCCACAAACUGCUGCUUUCGUAUUGCUUUGUUAGUUGUGAAGGUCUGCUUUCUUACAAAUUGGAAAGUGCUGUAGAGGAAAGUGUUUGAAAAGACAAAUAAAAAUGUGAUGUGCUUCAAAGGUC